CUUGCGCAAAGCACAACCCAUCGACACAGCAACCACCAACCCACCACCUUGGACGGAAUGCGGUCGAAACAGCGAGCUAUCGAUUCUCGCGGCUCUCCAUGUGACCAAAAGAAGCCUGGGCUUGUACUCUACACCAUGUCCAUCAUCAUCUGCUACGUCCCACUGUUCGUGCAGAGUAUUUUCCGCGCCUUAUUUUCGCCAGAUGCGCCGGCCAUGAGCCCGCGGUCAUCGGAUCUCGAGGAACGCCGUGGAGAAAUACGGCUACAACUUUCAUGGACUGCUUCACUAGUUAAAGACAAAGCCGCCAUACCUGGACCAAGUGCAACCCAACCCUCGCGGCAUUUCAAGCGCUGCCAAAGUUCGUCGUUGAAGCGCGAAGCCCGAAGGAGCAUCGGGAAAAGGACGGGUGGCUUGACGAUGAUGAGUCGCAGGAUAUUGUUGGCGACGAUCGCGGCCUUAAACGCGGGUCUCGUGGAUGGCAGCUUGCUGGUUGACUUGCCAUCGGGUUUCAAGUGCGCGUGGUACAACCUGGAGCAUCCUGCUCAGUUCGCGAUAUUGUUUUUGAUGGUGGGUGUCGUGUAUUUUAUCAACCGGCUAUUCAACGAGGUUGAUAAGGUGAUGUACGCUCGUUUGUCCUGCGCCACCGAAGCUUGGAUGGACGAGAUCAGGCAUUCGCGCCAGGUUUAUCAGCCGGUUGCAACCUAAAUGCUCGCGACCAGACGGAAACGACCAACAACGCUGUACCUUCGGGGCUGGCGGUCGCCGAAAUGUUAGCCAGGGACCGCAGUGCACGGGGAGGAACAGCUCAAAACAUGCCAUCUACUUUGCACGACGGAGAACUCGUCGAAGUCACCCACGAGCUGGGUAAUAUUCGAAACUUGCCCUACAUAUUCGAACGCAAAACGACCGGAAUUUUUAUUUUAUUGCCCGUACACGUUGCAAACGUAGCCGAGAUAUUCGCCAACAUGUAGCCAAGAGAACCCAUUCCAUAUUCGUUUAGGACUACGGCAGAAGACGAUUGUGCCGUAGCGAACGGGACAAACACCUGCGGGUUGUGGCGCCUCCUGAUUUCCUCUACGGGAAAGCGAGAAAAACUUUUGUCGAUUCAUAAGUUAGUAAAUUCUGAAUAAGUGCACCUCGUUCAGCGCUCGCUUGCUCUUUGCGAUCCUACUGCAGUUGCUUGUAAGAUGUUCAUUCGGUUAUCCAUGGAUUAUCCAUGCAUCUGUUCGGACACCAGUAUACUCCCCAAUCGUUCGUUGAACCAGUUGGGAAUACCGAUAUUGGUUUGCCUUGAAUGCGCUGCUGUCGCAAAAAGUUGGUCAAGUAGACAGGUUGAGCACCUCGUUUGUGACAGCUCGCUUGUAUUUUUUGUUGUGUACUCGAGCAUCUAUACAAUGUUCGAACGCAGCACCUAAGGCACGCGGGCCACGACGGUUUGUGAAUGUACAGUGUUAGUGUUCCGGUGGCAACACCGGGCCGGUCGCCCCGGUGGUCUAGUGGGUAGCCUCGCAGCCUGCUAAGGGCCAGGUCAUGGGUUCGAGUCCCGACAGAGUGAGUUUUUUCUCGCUAAUUAAAUCGUGGUCUCCGUUGGAAGCGACGCGCUGCAAAGCUCGUUGUUAGUAAACUUGAUCGACUUCGUAAGUCGCGAGGGAAGGGAUUGCUGUGCCCUUCUCGCGACAAAAAUAUCUCACGCAGGAACUGCAGCAGGGGGUCCAACCUCCCCCUCCUAUGUGACCCCGGUUGGGUCGUCUAGCUGGUAAAAGAGGAUAGGGGCCAGAGGGGCAGACGACAGAGUCCGAUGAUGGGAGAAAAAACAACACAAAAAAUAACAAAGAUGACGUAGUCUAGUCGUACCACGAUGACAUGAAAAUUGUCCAUUUCAGGUAAUGGAAGUAAGUACAAGGAUAGGGAGAUGUAGUUCGGGAUAGGGUAUCUCGUCUUCCUGUACACUGUCUGGGAAAGAAUGCGCCGUUGGGUGCUCUUGGGCCAUUAAAAAAAACAGUCGCCCGGAGCCAAUCUCUGCAGCGGCCUGGCGUUUAGGUAGCUGCGUUGCUUUGGGACGUUUUGUCGGGAAAUUGUCCGAAACUCAGCGCCUGGCGAACGAUGUUCGAAAACAGGAACCGGGUCCGGGAAGAUGAAGAGGUGAUGAACCUCGUAGGUAAUGCAAUCUCUGCAGUAGUACGCACACGCUCUUCUAUUUCCCGCGGUUUGAAGUGGUUGUGAAAUAGCACCCAUCGAUUGGUCGGCGAGUUGCUUCGUCGAAGCGUGUACGCGUGAUUUUUGCUGUCCUUAUUUUCUGGGCCGUGGUCAGGCUGUAAUUUAUUCGCCGUGCAUGUCGCUCUAUGCGUCAUGACGGGUCACCAUUCGCUAUUAUGCACUUUUUGUUGCUUGGUCUUUUUCUUAUGAACAACGCACGAACUUGUCUUGUGAGCAAACAUGUUGGAUACGUGCUAAAUGUGGAAUUGUUGGAACUGAAGGGUUCGGGGUUAGAGUCAAAGGCAAUACAUAUUCUACGUGGAGCAUGAAACGACAGUGUAACCUGAUUUGUGCGCGGGCCGUUUUGUACAAGGCUUGGGGUGGUCGGCCUUAGAUGUUGUCGCUACAUGGAUAGCUAGGUACUGCUCGACAGGUCUAGGUCCUUUCGCACAACGAGGGGCCUGAACACAGGAUCUACGGUACCCCUCGCCUGUGUCGUAGUCUAUAGUCUAAUAACGUAAUACCUUCAAAUGGCGGUCCCUCUGUCCAUGUUCGAUGUUGAUCAACUCCGUUGGUUCACGAGAGGGAUCGGUACCUCUCCCUUGUAGAUAAUGGUGUUUCGGUUGCUGAUCCAGCGUCCACACUCGGCCAGCGAUUCCCUGGUUUUGGUGUCCUCCUCGUCACUUGUCUUGAGUCAUGUUGUGACCCUUGUAGCAGGAAAAUCCCCAUGCAGGCGUUAGGAGAGGUUGGCUCCUCGUUGUGGCGUUCUCAUUGACUACGUACGAGCCUCCUGUACGCAAUCGCGCCUUGAUGGUUCAGUUUACUGUUCACGUUACACAAGCUACAUCCACGCCGUGCCGCCGGACGCACCCCACAAUACCGUAAUAUUCGCAUGAGGAACUAUAAUAAUUCGAUCGUAGCCAAGAUAGGGAUGACGCCUGGGCUGCG